AUGAGUGGCUAUAUCACGGAAGACGGUGAUUUUGAAGGCAGUGAUGGAAAGGACUACUAUUCCACUACUUCUAAUUCAGAAGAAUAUUACGCCCUUAGGAAAUCGAAUGGUCUCGUUGAGUUGUCGAAUGUUUGCAGGGGAUCGACUACCACGGAUAUCACCUCGGUCUCACGACAACAUGAGAACAUGUAUCGCAAACAACGGCGGCGUCGGCAAUAUCGACGACCGUCGAGAGCAUCUUCAUUUUCGAGUAUAACAGAGUCAUCGAUGAGUCUUGACGUGGAUACAGUAAUCCUCAACAUGGAUACCGUAAACUUUCUCGGGAUCUCCAUUGUUGGACAAAGUUCUGCGCGUGGUGACAACGGAAUCUACGUGGCAAAUAUUAUGAAGGGUGGCGCAGUUGCUCUGGACGGGCGUAUAAGUGCCGGUGAUAUGAUAUUACAAGUAAAUGACAUCUCGUUCGACAACUUUACCAAUGAUCAAGCCGUGGAUGUUUUACGUGACGCUGUUGCUCGAAAGGGACCAAUCAAGCUCACUGUGGCCAAGUGUUUCGAUAGCGGCCCAAAGAGCUGUUUCACAAUCCCCCGAAAUCACAGAGACGAGCCAGUAAGGCCUAUAGACACUCAAGCAUGGAUUCAACACACCAAUGCUAUGCGUGGCAUGCCCAGCAUUCUUGAAGGUUCUGAAGGUGCUCCAACUCCUAUACCCGGUGACUGGCCUCACGGUCGGCCACCAAGUAGCUCGACGGUGACGUCAACAGGGUCAAAUGGACAGAACACAGUCGUUACCGGGCAACAUAUUCGGUUGGAUAUCCACACCGAUAAAAAGAAGGUCGUUGAAGUGAUGGCGAUGCCGAACUCAGGACUCGACAUCAAAAAUAGAACAUGGCUCAAGAUUCCUAUACCGAUGUCAUUUUUAGGCAAGGAUCUACUCGAUUGGUUGUUAGCACAUGUAGAUGGUCUGUUAGAACGGAAAGAUGCUCGAAAGUAUGCGGCUGAGUUGUUGAAACGAAAGCUCAUUGCACAUGUCGUCAAUAAGAUAACCUUCACCGAGCAGUGCUACUAUGUUCUGGGAGAGGAAUGUGCAGAUUUCGCUCGUUAUCGAGCACAUCCUGAGGAUUUGGUUGCACAUCAACAUGCUGCAGCACAACAACGAAUGCAAUGGACCACUACUGGACCCGCCGGUGGUGCAAAAGCGCCAGCAUCGAUGGUAAGCGACGCGCAUGGACGGAUGUACGUCAUGGACAUUUGA